AUGUAUGGAGUGUAUGUAGUUGUAGUAGAUAUAAAUGUAGUAGAUUUAAUUGUAGUAGAUGUAGUAGAUAUAGAUGUAGUAGAUUUAAUUGUAGUAGAUGUAGUAGAUAUAUAUGUAGUAGAUGUAGUAGAUAUAGAUGUAGUAGAUUUAAUUGUAGUAGAUGUAGAUGUAGUAGAUAUAGAUGUAGUAGAUGUAGUAGAUAUAGAUGUAGUAGAUGUAGUAGAUGUAGAUAUAGUAGAUAUAUAUGUAGUAGAUGUAGUAGAUAUAGAUGUAGCAGAUUUCAUUGUAGUAGGUAUAGUAGAUGUAGAUGUAGUAGAUAUAGAUGUAGUAGAUGUAGAUGUAGUAGAUAUAGAUGUAGUAGAUCUAGAUGUAGUAGAUGUAGUAGAUAUAGAUGUAGUGGAUAUAGAUGUAGUAGAUUUAAUUGUAGGUGAUGUAGUACAUAUAGAUGUAGUAGAUGUAGAUGUAGUAGAUAUAGAUGUAGUAGAUAUAGAUGUAGUAGAUUUAAUUGUAGUAGAUAUAGUAGAUAUAUAUGUAGUAGAUAUAGAUGUAGUAGAUGUAGAUGUAGUAGAUGUAGUAGAUAUAGAUGUAGUAGAUGUAGAUGUAGUAGAUAUAUAUGUAGUCGAUGUAGUAGAUAUAGAUGAAGUAGAUAUAGAUGUAGAAUAUGUAGUAGAUGUAGAUGUAGUAGAUAUAUAUGUAGUAGAUGUAGAUGUAGUAGAUAUAGAUGUAGUAGAUGUAUAUGUAGUAGAUGUAGUAGAUAUAGAUGUAGUGGAUAUAGAUGUAGUAGAUGUAGAUGUAGUAGAUGUAGAUAUAGUAGAUAUAGAUGUCGUAGAUUUAAUUGUAGUAGAUAUAGACAUAGAUGUAUUAGAUGUAAAAUUAGUAGAUAGAGAAUUAGAGAUUGGAUAUAUAGCUGUAGUAGAUAUAGAUGUAGUAGAUGUAGAUGUAGAUGUAGAUAUAGUAGAUGCAGGUGUAGUAGAUGUAGUAGAUAUAGAUGUAGUAGAUGUAGAUAUAGUGGAUGCAGAUAUAGAUGUAGAUAUAGUAAAUAUAGAUGUAGUAGAUAUAGAAUAUAGUAUAUAA